CUGCUCCGGCCGAGCGGGGGAGGCGGCGGCUCCGCUCCCGAUCCCGGUCCCGCUCCGGAUCCCGCUCCGCAUCCCGGUCCCGCAUAGCCGCGCGCGGGGCGGCUCGAUUGUGAGGACGAGCUGCUGCAUCAGUACUCUGAAGGAAGAGAGUUCUCUGUUAAAACUGCAAGAAGAUACUACUAACUGACUGGAGGCCAAGAACAGAGUGCAGCACUGGCUGUAGCUGGGAUGUGACAGCAAACAUAAGAAGAACUAUUGAAACUUGAUUUUUCUCCUGGUCUUGGAAAAGUGUCGUUUUUGUUUUACUUGUGUAACUCUGUGAUUUAAUGGGUAAACUGUUCAUUGGCCACAGAUGACUACUACUGAGAAGCUUUCCGAAAUCUGUUUUGGAUUACAGAGAGGUUUGCUGGCAUGGGUAAUCUCAUUAAGGUGCUAACCAGGGACAUAGACCACAAUGCAGCACAUUUUUUCUUGGAUUUUGAAAAUGCCCAACCUACAGAAUCUGAAAAGGAAAUUUAUAAUCAGGUGAAUGUAGUGUUAAAGGAUGCAGAAGGAAUACUGGAAGACUUGCAGUCAUAUAGAGGAGCUGGCCAUGAAAUACGAGAGGCAAUACAGCAUCCAAAUGAUGAGAAGCUGCAAGAGAAGGCAUGGAGCGCAGUUGUUCCACUAGUAGGCAAACUAAAGAAAUUCUAUGAAUUUUCUCAAAGACUAGAGGCAGGACUGCGGGGUCUGCUGGGGGCCCUGACGAGCACUCCAUAUUCCCCAACACAACACCUGGAGCGAGAGCAGGCUCUUGCUAAGCAGUUUGCAGAAAUUCUUCACUUUACACUCAGAUUUGAUGAGCUCAAGAUGACAAACCCUGCUAUACAGAAUGACUUCAGCUACUAUAGAAGAACUCUGAGCCGUAUGAGGAUUAACAAUGUCCCAGCAGAGGGAGAAAAUGAAGUCAAUAAUGAGUUGGCAAACAGAAUGUCUUUAUUUUACGCUGAAGCGACACCAAUGUUGAAAACCUUAAGUGAUGCCACAACAAAGUUUGUGUCAGAGAAUAAAAAUUUACCCAUAGAGAAUACAACAGAUUGCUUAAGCACCAUGGCCAGUGUGUGCAGGGUCAUGCUGGAAACCCCUGAAUAUAGAAGCAGGUUUACAAAUGAGGAAACAGUAUCGUUCUGUCUGAGGGUAAUGGUGGGUGUCAUCAUACUCUAUGACCACGUGCAUCCGGUGGGCGCUUUUGCCAAAACUUCAAAAAUUGAUAUGAAAGGAUGCAUCAAAGUUCUUAAAGACCAGCCUCCUAACAGUGUAGAAGGCCUUCUAAAUGCUCUCAGGUACACAACAAAGCAUUUGAAUGAUGAGACUACCUCCAAGCAAAUUAAAUCCAUGUUGCAAUAACAAUUACCUGGAAUUCGCACCUGCUGUAGACAGUAUUCUGCAAUGACUGAGAUGCACAGAUUUUUUUUUUUUUUAGUGAUUGCAACUACUAUCUCGUUCAUUCUUGCUUUUUAUUUUCUCUCUUCCUGUUUACCCUUUUUUUUUAAUCACUUUCUUGUACCUAAGUAAGCUCAGACUUCUUUUCUGUGCCAAAUCAAUGAGAAUUAUCAAUUCUGGAAAGUAUUUCUACUUUUCAGAAUAGCCAUCCUAAGUGGCAGCUAAUUAUGCGUUGCAUUUGAAUUUCUCUGUACUGGGGAAAGAUUUGUGACUUGAACUAAAUAUUUUUAAACUUGUGGGUUUUUUUCUUUUUUUGAAAAACUAAUAUUUAAUAUUGCUUCUUCUGCAUGGCAAGACUGCCUACUUCUGCUAUUUAAAAAUCCCUUGAUGACUUCAUUUUCUAUUGCAGCUUAUUUUCAUGUGCAACCAUGAGGAAACUAAAAGCAGAUUUGUUUAAAUUAACUGUGUUUGUACAAAAUGGUACCCAACACAAAAGUUUUUUUAAAUGAGUAAAAACUGUUUUGUUUAAAAGUUACGUUUGCAUUUUGACUCAUUUUUGUAAGGAUGUAUGUUGUAUGUUUAACCUUUAAUAACUAACGUUAAACUGUGGUGUGUGCGUAGCAAAAUUACGUAUGCAUGUUCAUGUCAAAUGAUUGGCUGUGGAUAAGAUAAUAAAAUCAGCUUUCAUUUUUCUAAGUGUGGUUUGAUUUACCAGUAUUUUGAGUGAGAUGUCUUCGUGCUCUUUGGAUUUUUACAAAAAAAAUAAAUUUAUAAAUUUUA